AGAGCGGCGGCGUGUGGAGCGACCCCGAAACUUGAUGGCUUCUACAGGGAGCCAGGCCUCUGAUACAGACAACAUUUUUGGAUUCUUCAGUGAUGGCGCACCCCCCCCCACCAAAAAGCCCAGGAAGCUACUUCCAAGCUUAAAAAGUAAGAAGCCUCAGGAGCUCGUGCUGGUGAUCGGGACAGGCAUAAGUGCUGCGGUAGCGCCGCAGGUGCCAGCCCUGAAGUCCUGGAAGGGCUUGAUUCAGGCCUUGCUGGAUGCUGCCAUUGAUUUUGAUCUUCUAGAAGAUGAGGAGAGCAAAAAAUUUCAGAAGUGUCUCCACGAAGACAAGAAUCUUGUUCAUGUUGCCCAUGACCUCAUUCAGAAACUCUCUCCUCGUACUAGUAAUGUUCGAUCCACGUUUUUUAAGGACUGUUUAUAUGAAGUAUUUGAUAACUUGGAAUCGAAGAUUGAAGACUCUGGGAAACAGCUGCUACAGUCAGUUCUCCACCUGAUGGAAAACGGAGCCCUGGUGUUGACUACAAAUUUUGACAAUCUCCUGGAACUGUAUGCAGCAGAUCAGGGAAAACAGCUUGAAUCCCUUGACCUUACUGAUGAAAAAAAGGUCCUGGAGUGGGCACAAGAGAAGCGGAAGCUGAGCGUGUUACACAUCCACGGGGUCUACACCAAUCCUAGUGGCAUCGUCCUUCAUCCCGCUGGGUAUCAGAACGUGCUCAGGAAUGCUGAGGUCAUGAGAGAGAUUCAGAAACUGUAUGAAAACAAGUCAUUUCUCUUCCUGGGCUGCGGCCAGACUGUGGAUGACACCACUUUCCAAGCCCUCUUUCUGGAGGCUGUCAAGCACAAAUCUGACUUAGAACAUUUCAUGCUAGUUCGGAAAGGAGAUGUGGAUGAGUUCAAGAAGCUUCGAGAAAACAUGCUGGACAAAGGGAUUAAGGUUAUCUCCUAUGGCAGUGAAUAUGCUGACCUUCCAGAAUACUUCAAGCAGCUGACCUGUGAAAUCGCCAUGAGGGGCCGAUCAGCAGGGACGGCGAGAGAAGGUCAGCUAAAUGGUUCAUCUGCAGCCCACAGUGAAGAAAGAGACCAUAGUACAUGAGAGGGCUGCAGAAGUCACCACCAUCAGAUCAAGCUCUAAGGCCCUAUCGUGGACAGUGUUUAACAGUAAACUUACAAGAACCCAAUACAGCUCCUAGGAAGAACCAAAACCCAGAAGUUGAAGGCUGGGGCUUCAGACAGUAGGGGAGGGGACAUUCCAACAGUCCUUCCUGCGGCUGGUUUUUGGUCUUUGUUUUGUUUGCUUUCCAGUUCUUGGCCUUAUGAGGCGUGUUCCAGUUUGAGAAAACCCGAGUGCCAGUGAGACCGAGAUGCAGCUCCCCUCCCACCCCCAGGCUGGACACUCAGCUUGUGUCCACGCAGAUCAGCAUGAGGCCCACUGAGGAGGCUGCUGCUCCACACGAAGGACUUGGCGUGUAGCUGCCACGGGCUCACCAUGGCCCUUGCUGCAGUUUUGUACUCUACUUGGUUUUUCAAUGAAGUUUAAUCACUGUUUUUUAAAACAAGACUUGAAGCUUGAAGUUUCUAGACCUUUUACAGUGUACAGUAUUUUACUUACCUGAGCUGUAUUAAAAGCUUGUUCAUUUACUUCCCAGGGCCCUGGUUCUACUUUUAGCCUCUUUACAAAACUGACAAGCCUAGCGUUCAUAACUCCAUUUAAAUUUUAAAAGGUCUGUCGCUGUA